AUGGUCCCAAAUCGCAGGGGCCGGUCAUUGACCACCGCACUCUUUUUCCUAGUCUUAGGAUAUCUCUUUUUACUCUCAUUACCCUCAAGUUAUUCACCCUUGAAUUUCCACCGAAAACCGACUCCGGUACAAAACAAAGACAUCCGACCCGAUGCCAUUCAUUUAGAAGACGCACACAAGAUCCAUCCAAUUGCGUCAUAUAUUCCCUUGCCAACGAAUCCAACGCCGCUUCCUCGCAUCCAGCAUGAGUUCGAACCGGAGAGUUGGGCGGAGCGCAGAAAGAGAACUCGCAGACAAAAGGCUGUAAAGAAAACAUUUCUCCACGCUUGGAAUGGUUAUAAAAAUCAUGCUUGGCUGCGGGAUGAGGUCUCACCUGUCAGUGGCAAGUAUGAAGACUCCUUCAGUGGUUGGGGUGCCACUCUGGUCGAUUCAUUGGAUACGUUGAUUAUCAUGGGUCUUGAUCAUGAAUUGAAGCUUGCGCUGGAAGCACUCAAGCAGAUCGACUUUACCACAACAUUCAGCAAAGAGGUCAACGUCUUUGAGAUCGUCAUCAGGUACAUGGGGGGUUUGAUUGCAGCUCACGACCUGUCCAAUGGGGCCCAUCCGAUUCUGCUGAAGAAAGCAGAGGAACUCGGCCAGAUGAUCUUCUAUGCCUUCGACACAAAAAAUCACAUGCCGCAGAUGCGCUGGAAAUGGGGUCGGUCAGCCAUCGGCCAAGAAAUCGAGGCAAAUACCCACACUAGCCUGGCGGAGCUGGGUUCCUUGACAGUUGAAUUCACCCGGCUGACCCAAUUGACCGGGAAUCCAAUGUACUAUGAUGCCGUCCAGCGCAUCACAAACGAGCUAGACAACGUGCAGAUGCAUACCAAGGCCCCAGGGUUAUGGCCUAACUUCGUUGACGCAUUCCGUCUCGACUUCAACGGUUCCGACUUUUCGCUCGGUGGCGGUGCUGAUUCAACAUACGAAUACCUACCCAAAGAGUACAUCCUUCUUGGCGGGGAGAAGGAUCAGUACAAGAAGAUGUGGGAAAGAUCCCUCGAUGCAAUUAAAGACAAAUUGCUUUUCCGCGCCGUCACCAAGGAAGAUAAACAAAUCCUCUUCACUUCCAACUUGAAAGUCACAUACGGAGUCGACCAUGUCCGACACACCUCUGAACACCUGAAAUGCUUUAUCGGUGGUACAGUAGGCAUCGCUGCCAAGGUGUUCAACCGCCCAGAAGAUCUAUCCAUCGCGCGGGGACUGACAGAUGGAUGUGUCUGGGCAUACGAUUCGAUGCCGACCGGUGUCAUGCCUGAGUCCUUCCAGUUCACCCCUUGUGCAGAUCUUGACGAUUGUCCAUGGGACGAGACCCUGUGGUACGAGUCUGUCCUCAACCAGCCUAUCAAACUCCAACAGCACCGCAGAGAAGCACAGCAGAUCGUUGCACAGGAAGUGAUUCCACCAGGAAUGGUUGGAGCUAGAGAUGCCUCAUACAAGCUCAGACCAGAGGCUGUGGAGUCUGUUUUCAUUAUGUACCGGAUCACGGGUGAUAAGUCGUUGCAAGAUGCAGCUUGGCGCAUGUUCCAGAACAUUGAGAAGAUGACGCAUACCAAUUUUGGUCACUCGGCCAUCCAAGAUGUCCGUGAUCCGGAUUCAAAACUGGAUGAUAAGAUGGAAAGCUACUGGCUUGCCGAGACGCUCAAAUACUUGUAUCUCAUUUUCUCUGAACCGGACCAUGUCAGUUUGGAUGAGUACGUUUUGAGUACCGAGGCACACCCUUUCAAGCGACCUUCAGGGGCAUUCUAG